AUGUCUCUAGCUCGCCACGUCCUCCGCUCCUACCGAGCAACCCCCAACACUCUAUCAACCAUCUCCCGCCUCCCAAUCAACCACUUCUCAACCACCCGACCCAACCGCCUCCAAACAACCGACAAAAAGAACCGCAUCCCCGAAAAAGAAGUCCCAGUCACAGACUACGACGCCGGCCACAGCUCCGCCCACAAACACACCGUCCACGUCUUCCAAGACGGCGCAACCCCACACACAAACAUCCCCCCAGCCUGGCAAGAACAAGAAUCAGUCAACCCGCUCACCCGCGAUGUCUACGAGCAAAUGCCCCACACAAUGCGCAGCAUGUCCAUGUUCGGUAAAACGGUCAUCAUCACUGGCGGAGCCCGCGGUCUGGGAAACCACAUGGCUCGCGCGUGCGCCGAAGCCGGCGCGAAGAAUAUCGUCAUCUUCGACGCGAACCAGGAACUCGGCGACGAGGCCGCGGCCGAGUUGCACGACAAGACCGGUCUGCCAAUCUCCUUCUACCGCGUUGACGUGCGCGAUGCCGCCGCCAUCACUGCUUCCGUCGAGGCUUGCGUCGAGAAAUACGGCGUGCCAGAUGUCCUGAUUAACUCUGCUGGAAUUGCGGACUCGAACAUCAAAGCUGAGACCUACGACGUCGCCAUGUUCCGCCGUCUAAUCGAUAUCAACCUCACAGGUUCGUUCCUGAUGUCCCAGGCCGUGGGCCGCGCCAUGAUCGCCGCCCGCAAACCCGGUAGUAUCAUCCUGGUUGCGUCCAUGUCUGGAUCCAUCGUGAACUACCCGCAGGAGCAGAGCUGCUACAAUGCGUCCAAGGCUGGUGUCAUUCAGUUGGGCAAGUCGUUGGCUGCGGAGUGGGCGAAGAAUGAUAUCCGGGUUAACUGCAUCUCGCCCGGUUACAUGGAUACCGCGCUGAACAGGGUGCCCGCGCUGGAGGCGCAGAAGAAGAUUUGGAAGUCGUUGACUCCGCAGAACCGGUUGGGUAAUGUGGAUGAUUUGAAUGGGCUUUGUGUUUUCCUUGGUUCGGAUGCGUCCAAGUUUAUGACUGGCGCGAACCUUAUCAUUGAUGGUGGUUAUACUUGCUAUUAA